GGGAAUCAGAUGUAAACAAAAACAAACCCUGAAUGUUGCCCAUACACCCGGAAUCGCCGGAACACACCACCAAUUCCGUAUAGAUAGCCUUUCCAGUCCCGUCCAUAAACACAAUGGUUCAGACACGAUCCGCCUCAUCGACCGCGGUGCCGCGCCUGUCGCCCCCGCCUCCCUCACCAACAAAGCGACGCGUAUCGAACCGCAGCGCCUCAAACACACCCGCACCUACCUCGGCCCCUGCGGCGGCGACGGAAGUGGAGGUAACAAAGCCCUUGGCAGCCCUCCGCGGCGGGAGCAGCAGCAGCACCACCUCCUCCUCGUCCCCCGCUAUCCUCUCGCACACGCCCUCCACCCUGGCCCUCGCGUGGCUCGCCAUCUCCCUGCCGCUGGUCGCCUGGGACACGGGGUACAUCAUGCUGCGGCCGCACAGCAUGCCGGGUGGGUCGUGGCACGCGCCGAUAUGGGUGCCGUACGCGCUGUACGGGCAGGUCGACUACGUCUACGGCCGCGAGCGCUGGGAGGCCGGCGACGGCUUCUGCGGCGCCCAGGGGACCAUGAACAUUGUCGAGUCGCUCAUGUACCUGGCCUACCUGUGGAUCUGGUACAGCAACAAGACGGCGACGGGCGCUAGCGGCAGUGGCGCCGCGAGCACGAGGGGUGCGGUCACUGGCAGGUCGGCGGGGUUGGCCAUGCUCAUCAUGUUUUCGGCCUGCGUCAUGACGGUCAGCAAGACGGUGCUGUACUGGCUCAACGAGAGCUGGUCCGGUUUCCACGGCAUCGGGCACAACUCGGCGAGGGAUUUGGUUGCGCUGUGGAUUAUUCCCAAUGGCGCCUGGAUCAUCUUCCCAACCUAUCUCAUCUAUGCUUACGGCCGGGAGAUUCUCGACUCCAUGGCCCCGUCGACUCAUCGCGCCACAGAGAAGCUGGAGUGAUGCGACUACUCUGGGGUUUCAGAAUUAAGAUGAAGAGUUUCCGAGUAUUUUAUUGAUGUGCCGUAAUCGCAAAGUACAUAUGCAAGGGAGAUGUCCAGCGGUGUAAUUGUACGCUACCAGGAGGCGCGGACCCCUUUUUUUCUUACAGGUGGAGUACACAACAUGAUUUUGGACAUACACAUGUAAUACGGGCGCUUUUUGACCUUGCUUCAAAGACGCUAUUGUUUUUCCUCAUUAAAUUCAUGACGGCUAUGUACAAAAUUUUCUUUCCGCUGCUCAUUUCUCCUUAGUCGAUCUUGAUGGUCAUCUUGCCAAUGUGCUUCUUGUUCCACAUGUACUCGUACGCCUCCUUGAUCUGGUCG